CUUGACGUGCACUUGACGACAGACGGGACCACCUGCCACUUGAUUUUGUGUUAUGAGAUUGUAUGGAAUUGUCAAAUUUCCUGAAUAGUGCAAUAGUUGAAAAUAAACAGAUUUUUAAAAAAUGAAUUGUAGAUUGUCGGACUAUUAUGUCCCAUAAAUACGCGUAUCCGUUCCUCUUAUCAAAAGUGAAGCCAGCAGUACAUCCCGAUAGCUGUUUUUAUAUCAGAUGAAUUGAAGAAAAAUAGGUAUUAGUUUCAGUAGGUCAUCGAUAUGAUGAAAAUUUCAUUUAGAUGAAUAGAAAGCAUGUAAAAAGUGACAUGGAUUCGGGUUUGGGCAGCGACGAGGACCGCAGAGGCCGCAGCACCAAAGAGCAAAAACAACUCAGAAACCAGCAACUGCUCAGUGGCUGUUUUAUUGAUGCGGCUAAUCUUUCCGACGAUGCAGAAGUAGACCAACAACACAGUGAUGAGAGAAGGCAGGGUGCUUUGUUGUUUCAAACCUCUGUGCCUCACUUCUCUAUGCUUCAGAUGUCCCACUCACAAGAGGAGGCCAGCAAUUUUUCAGGAUCCUCCAGCAACCUUAGUCAGUUCCCAGAAACAAAUACUCCCUACAACUCUAUUGUUCAUUUGGACAAUGAGGAACCAGAGGCAGCAAGAAAGUCACCUUUGGGAUUUUAUGUUGAUUUGAGUGAUGUUCCUGAUACACCUAAGUCUCAGCCUUCAUCAUCAGCUACCAAAAAUAUAUUUUCCAUGGUAAUUGAUUUUGAGGGUCCAAAAAAAGAAAAACCCAUCAAACUCACCUCUUCAUAUGCAGUUCAUAAGAAAGCUAAAUUAGCUAACAAAUCUAGUCUAACUACAAAAGCUAAUGGCAGUCUCUCUUCAAGUGUUAGCUCUGUUAACUCAACAUCCAUGGCAGGUACAAGCAGACAGUCUGAAGAGCAUGACUCAAAAUUCUCCAAAGGUGUCAGUUGUGAAGUUCUGAGUGUAUCACUUAUAAAAAAAUUAUCAAUUUCCUCAAAGUCAUCAAGUAGCACAGAAAAUUUGGAGAAAAUGAGUGAAACCUCAACAAAAGAUUCUGUUGAUGAGGAGCAUAUCGAGAGUGAUAUUGCAGAAAAAAUGAAAGAGACUGUAGAAGAUGGAGAUAGGGAGGAAGUAUUUGUUGAAAAUAAGUCCAGAAAUAACAGUAAUGGUGACCAGGAGAGUAAACAAUGUGAUAAUAAAGUACAGAAUCAGGGUCGGAGCUCCGCAAUGUCCGUGAAAGUGGAACCUCCUCCUGAAACGGCUGUACCGUCAUUAGCAGCAGCUCCUCCUCAAUCUCAACAAUUCGUGAAAUUGUCCGACCUGGAAUGCCAGAAACCGGCUCGAGUUGACCUCAAUUUCACCCCUAGGAUGAGUCGCUCGAUCCCCGAGAGCUCCUGGGUGGAGAGCCCCCUGUUGAUGUCCAGCUCGGUGGGCUACAGGAGCGCCCCCCAUCCGCUGGAGCCCGAAUUGACCACCUCGCAGGGCUCCGAAGACACAUUCAGCCACUCUUCAGAGUCAUUUUCUACCAAUCAGCCCAAAAAGAUGGUCAGGAGGCUAGGUACGGAUCUGCUCAGGAUGUUCUUGGAGGAGAUAGGACCAGACGUCACAGUACAGGUGGAAGGACACAAAAUCAAAGCACACAAAUGCAUUUUGGCAUCUAGGUGUCAAUAUUUUGCGGCAUUGGUCAGCGGAAAUUGGUUAGAAAAAUCUGGAAAUAUUAUAUCGUUACAGGGCUUCUCGUACGAGUCUGUGUAUUUCGCCUUGUGUCACAUUUAUAGCGGAGCCGCUCAUGUUCCAGAUUCCAUCAGUCUGGUCGAGUUGGCCUCCUUGGCGGACAUGCUCGGUUUGGAAGGACUCAAAGAGGUCGUCGAACAUGCCCUCAAACAAAGACAUUGCCACAAUUUCCACAGACCAUGCGCUGGUUGUUGCACGGGAGUGUUAGAAGUGUUGCCGUUAUCAGCCGCCUACGGCUUGGACGAUUUGUAUCAGCGUUGCUUGCAGUGGGUGACGCAGCACUUCGUUCGAGUAUGGACGAGCAGAGCAUUCGCCAGUCUGCCCAGGGAGUUGAGGGAGAAAUGCUAUCAACAACACGUCGUACAUAUGACACCUGACAAAGUGCUAGAGACCAUUGUGCAAUGCGAAAAGGUGUUAGCUACCCUGCCUUCGAUGCGUUGGGCAGAACCAGUCAGUCAGUUGGUUCUACAAUUGACGGACGCAUGCCAUUUGUACCACAGACAACAUUUUGCUGGCGUUCUGGGUUCGAAGUACGUCGCAAGUUUGGACACCGGCUUAGGAUUCGGCGUGCAACAAAUCGAGGAACAGAUGCUUGCCGCAGCUAAAAAUCUGGGAGUCGAACAAGCUUGCAAGAGCUAUACUAGGUGUUGCAAGAUGCUGAAUCAGUCUUGGAGCAGGCCGUUCGGAGAUAUGCUGAACAAGAUCAAAUCACAAUUAGAACAAUGUCUAGUCAGCCAGGCAGAUCGUCUUAUCAGAAGCAACGCGUGGUUACGAUUGGAUACCGCACUCAGGAGUCGGAUAAAAGAGCUGACGCCCGCUUUGGAGCCAGCUAGUCGCCUCCCCCGAGCCACGCCCCUACGUCACAAGAAACCCUCCCCGUCCUCAUCGCUGAAAACCGGUUCCGCCCCUCUGAUCAGUUCUUCGGAUUCGUCGAGGAACUCAUCGCCGAGCACGCAGUACAAUCAGCAAGCGGCGAUUGGCGCGGCGAGGACGAAUGGGAAUGCUGGAACGUCGUUAAGGCGGAGUCUUUUACUAGCGGCGAAAGCGCCACAACAGGAUCAAGCGGCUAAACCAAACAUUCAACCGAAGAGGUCCAGUAGUGGCAGUACCCUGACGCAACCGACGGCAGCUAGCGCGGCGAAAUCAGCAGCGGCAAAAUUGGCGAGAGAAGCCCGACAAGCGGCAGCGGCGCAACAUAGGCCGAUCAACAGGUCGCAAAUGUACCAAAGGAAUUCUGCAAAUACUUCAGUAAAGCAAUCGUCCUCGAGGACUUCCAUCCCCUCGACGAUUCACAGCGGGGUUUCUAGGAAUUCAAGUACUUCUAGCGUAGGUAAGAAAGAGCCAGCAGCAGCUAUGAGAUUGCCUCCUCGCCGACCCCAGAGCAGGUCGAGCAGCCCGUUGAAGAGCGACAGCAGCCGAACUAGCUCGCCCAGGAAAUUGCACGACAGCAUCAACGGCAGCGCGAUGACCUCGCCGGUGAAGACGACCUCGACCUUAUCGAUGGUGAGGACACCGCCGCCGUUGAAAGAUGCCACGAUAGCGUCACGAAGAAGAGUGAGGGAAAUAACGACAACAUCGCAUCAGACGUUGACGCAACAACAGAAGGCGGGGAACGGCGGCGUGGCAACGUUGCAGCAUCAGCACAAAAUGCCAUCGUCGCGAAAGGAACCUAUUGUCGCUAGUGGUAAACAGGAAGAGAAAGAACAAGAGCAGCAGCAAUCAAAGCCUACUCCGUUACUACAGCGAUCGAGCACGUUCCUUAAAGACGAACCGACCGUUCUGGGAAAGGUUGUCUGAACAAAAUGACAUUAUAUUCCAGUAGUUUUAAGUUUUUAUGCAAGUGGGAUAGACAAUGAUCCGUAAUAACGAUAUAUUUAUACAGGUUGUACGAGGCAUUUCGAUUUUAGAAUAGCUGCCCAAAACGGACUGCCAUUCCCGCUUAUCAUUUUUAAGUUUAUCAUUUGUUGUAGGCUGUGAUAGAAAUGAAGAAUCGGGUAAUUUUGUAGUUGGUUUUACAAUGUCUGUAGUUCCAUAAGCAUGACUAAAAUGCAAAGUGAUAAAAGAGUUGAAAAAAGCUCUCUGUAACUCUCUCUGUCAAAUCGUACUGUAUCAUUUCUAUAACAGCUUAGUGAACAUUCCUAGUCUACAUCAUAUGAUUUUUGAUCUCAUUUUACAUUCGUAAAAUUGUGAUAGUUGUUUUUAAGCCUGAUUUUUUAAUAUGACUCUACUAAAACCUCCACAUUCCAACAUUGUAUAUGAUAAUCUAUAUUCACAGUGUCCCAUUUUAAUCUACCUAUCUAAAUAUUUCGAAAACUGCACAGAGAAAAUAGAUUGAAACAAAAGUUGUAGUUUCGAUCUUGAUCACGACCUUCAAAGUCAUUUAAGGUCAAGUGAAAAUUUUCAAAUGAAACCCCUUCUUUUCAAAUAAGAACAAAUCGUAUGUAAAAGCAUCACCUUGACCAUUACCUUUAAAUCAAGACAUCGAAAAUAAUUUUCUCUAGCAAAAAUGUUCAACAGUACAAUUGAAGGUUUGUAGGGAUCACCCAAAGAUGAAUUUGAGCACGGUCUUCACCUACUACAAGGUUAAGUCAAAAUCUCCAAAGGAAAUCUCUCGUUUUUAUAAGGAAUUGGAAAAACCAGAAAAUAUUACGUCCGAAUGUGACCUCAAAAAACACUAAUUUGACUUUGACGUCAAGGUCACAUUCAGACGUAAAAUUUCUUGCUUUUUCCAUAUACAGUAUAAAAAAGAGGUUUCCACUGGAAGUCACGACUUGACCUUGAGGGCCAAGAACACUUGGGUGAUCUCCACAAACCUCACAACUGCACUGUCGUUCUUUGCUAAUGCAAAUUGUUUUUGAUGUCUUGAUUUAAUCGUAAGAUUUGCUCCUCUUUUCUGUUUGUGUGAAAAAGGCGAGGUUCAAUUUACAAAUUAAUGUCGACUUGAUUUUGUAGGUCGUUGUCAAGGUCACCAUCAUUUUGUCCCUUCAACACCCCACAACUUUUGCUUGAAGCUUUGCUUUCUCAGAUGCACAGUUUUCAAUAUAUUUAGGUGGCGAGAUUAAAAUAGGGCACCGGUAAAUUACAAAUUAACACACCAUUUUCACAUAAACAAGAAAUGGGUGCUUUAUUUACAUAAUUAAAUCAGUGUUUUAUAGUCGGUUUUACGUUUUAGUAAGAACGUACCCAAUGUUGUUGAAAUUUAGUAUCACCAUAUUUUUUGCUAUUUAUUGCUACUUGGCUAUUCUAUUUUAACGCAUCCAUGUCUAGGUAUACGUAUUUAUUUGUAUAUAUAUAUAUAUAUAUUAUAACAGUUGUCUCGCAUAUAUAAAUUGUAUGUAUCAAUUCAAUAUUAAUUAUUAGUGAUAGAAGUGUCUUCAUUCUUUGUCGAGUUCUCUCUCAAAUUUUUGUGCCUAAACUUGUAGAAACGGGUUGAUCUUUCAUUCGAUUUUAAAUAAAGGUUUCAUCCUAUGCAAC